AUGGGACAAACCAUAACCACCCCUCUGAGCCUUACUUUAGAUCAUUGGAAUGAAGUGCAGACCCGCGCCUCUAACCAGUCAAUGAACGUCAAAAACAGAAAAUGUCAAUUUUACUGCACAUCUGAAUGGCCAACUUUUGAUGUGGGCUGGCCACGGGAUGGGACUUUUAACCUAGAAAUUAUCUUACAGGUUAAGGAUCGGGUCUUCGAUAAGGAACCCCAUGGACACUUGGACCAAAUAGCAUACAUUGUUGUUUGGGAAAAUUUGGCUACAGACCCUCCGACAUGGGCAGCCCCGUUUGUGACUCUCCGACCUCCUCCGAAGGCGGUCUCGGAGAAACCAUCGGCUCCUCCCCUCCCUCCUUCUUCACCCUUGGUCCCUGUCCCGGCUCCAGACCAUCACCUCUAUCCUGUUCUAGAGAAGAACUCCCCCUCUAAACCCCCUAAGUAUAAACCUGUACUACCCCCAGAUGACUCGGUUCUCAUAGACUUGCUUACAGAAGAGCCACCACCAUAUCAGCCAGCUCCACCCCUUCCCGCCCGAGCUGCUUGGGAUAAGGAGGAAGGAGAAAAACCGGAUAGCACAACCCCCACACUGGGCGAGGAGGAAUCAGACUCCCCAGUAGCUGGGAGGCUGAGAGGGAAAAGGGAACCCACCCAGUCAGGGGGAACCUCUAGAGCUUUCCCCUUGCGCCAAACGGGGGGCCCAGGGAACCAAUACCAGUAUUGGCCUUUUUCUGCCUCUGACUUGUACAAUUGGAGAUCUCACAACCCCUCUUUUUCCAAGGAUCCUAUGGUUCUCACAAACCUGAUUGAAUCGAUCCUUAUAACCCACCAGCCCACAUGGGACGAUUGUCAGCAGCUUUUACAGGCACUCUUAACUUCAGAAGAAAGAGUGUUCCUGGAGGCCAGGAAGAACGUCCCGGGCGAUGAUGGGCGACCCACUCAACUCCCCAAUGAAAUCGAUGCUGCUUUUCCCUUAACUCGCCCUGAAUGGGAUUUCAUACGUCUUUACCGCCAGUUAUUAAUAAUGGGUCUUCAUGGCGCUGGACGCCGACCUACCAAUUUGGCUCAGGUAAGACAGGUUAGUCAGGGAAUGGAGGAAACUCCUACUGCUUUUCUGGAGCGUCUGAAAGAGGCCUACCGUAUGUACACCUCCUUCGACCCUGAAAGUGAUGCACAAAGGGGCAAUGUACUGAUGGCCUUCAUAUGGCAAUCGGCACCAGAUAUCCGCAAUAAGUUGCAGAGACUAGACAAUCUGCAAGAUUAUACCUUGCCUGAUUUAUUGAAAGAGGCAGAGAGGGUUUUCAACAAAAGAGAAACUCCUGAAGAGAAGGAAGAAAGACUUAGAAAAUUACAGGAGGAAAGAGAGGAAAGACUAAAAAAGGAAUUAGAGAAUAGAGAAAAAGAAAAAGAUCGAAAACGCCAUAGGGAACUUAGUAAACUCUUGGCCACCGUAGUACAGAAUAACACAGGCACAGGGAGACAGGAAAGGAAGGGAGAUAUAAGAAGGCACCGGGUGGAUCGAGACCAGUGUGCCUACUGCAAAGAAAAGGGUCAUUGGAUCAGAGACUGCCCAAAUCGACCAAGGGGGCCAAAAAGAAGGCCUGACCAAUAAGCCCAGUUACUAGCCCUCGGUGAAGACUGAGGAAGUCAGGGCCAGCUGCUCCCCCCUGAGCUCCAGAUAACUUUACAAGUUGGGGAGCAACGCAUCACCUUUCUAGUGGACACUGGAGCUCAACACUCAGUGCUCACUAGUACCCAAGGACUCCUGAGCAGCCGAACUGCCUGGGUACAAGGGGCUACCGGAGAAAAGCAGUAUCACUGGACCACAGAAAGGAAAGUUCACCUGGCCUCAGGUAAAGUCUCCCACUCCUUUCUACAUGUUCCUGAUUGCCCCUAUCCGCUCCUGGGGAGAGACUUAUUGACCAAGCUAAGAGCCCAAAUACAUUUCGAAGGAUCAAGGGCCACCAUAUCAGGCCCUAACGGGACCCCCCUCCAGGUCCUCACCCUACAACUGGAGGACGAGUACCGACUUUUCGAUCCACCACUCAAACCAACUGAAAAUCUAGAGUACUGGAUCAAAAGGUAUCCCUUGGCCUGGGCAGAGACUGGGGGGAUGGGGCUAGCAAGGCACCAACCGCCCCUUGUUAUAAACUUAAAAGCAACAGCAACCCCAGUCUCCAUAAAGCAGUAUCCCAUGACCAAGGAGGCCUAUGAAGGGAUAAAGCCACACAUAAAAAGACUCUUGGACCAGGGGAUAUUAACCCCCUGCCGUUCCCCUUGGAACACUCCCCUCCUUCCUGUCAAGAAACCAGGAACAGGGGAUUACCGCCCAGUCCAAGAUCUCAGAGAGGUCAAUAAAAGGGUGGAAGACAUCCACCCCACAGUGCCUAAUCCUUACAACCUGCUGAGCACUUUGCCGCCGACACAUCAAUGGUAUACUGUCCUUGACCUGAAGGACGCAUUUUUUUGUUUAAGGCUCAGUGCGCAAAGCCAGCCCUUAUUUGCAUUUGAAUGGAAAGACCCUACAUUAGGAGUAUCAGGGCAAUUGACCUGGACCCGAUUGCCACAAGGGUUCAAAAAUAGCCCCACCCUCUUCGAUGAGGCCCUCCACCACGACUUGGCAGAUUUUCGCAUCAGACAUCCGUCAUUGAUCCUGCUCCAAUAUGUGGAUGAUAUUCUGUUGGCUGCCACCAACGAGGAGAACUGUCAUGCAGGUACCGAGGCCCUCCUAUUGACCCUGGGGCAGUUGGGAUACGGGGCUUCCGCAAAGAAAGCCCAGAUCUGUCGGGAAAAAGUUACUUAUUUGGGGUAUGAACUUCAAAAUGGUCAGAGAUGGCUAACCACCGCACGCAAGGAGACCAUAUCCCGCAUCCCAACCCCCCAAAGCUCCCGCCAGUUGCGGGAGUUUCUGGGGACAGCCGGAUUUUGCCGGCUAUGGAUUCCGGGGUUCGCUGAAAUGGCAGCACCCCUUUACAAGAUAACUAAAUCAGACACCCCCUUCGUUUGGGUGGAGGAACACCAACAGGCCUUUGAUGACAUUAAACAAGCUUUGCUUUCCUCCCGGGCCCUGGGCCUGCCCGACAUAACUAAGCCCUUUGAACUCUAUGCGGAUGAGAGGCAGGGCUUUGCUAAAGGAGUUUUAACCCAAAGACUCGGACCCUGGAGGCGCCCUAUUGCAUACUUAUCAAAAAAGCUGGACCCAGUUGCAGCAGGGUGGCCUCCAUGCCUAAGGAUGGUAGCUGCUAUUGCUGUUCUCACCAAAGAUGCGUCUAAAUUAACCUUGGGACUGCCAUUAACUAUCGUGGCACCGCAUGCCAUUGAGUCUCUGGUCCGCCAGCCUCCCGACCGCUGGCUGUCCAACGCUCGACUAACCCACUACCAGUCCCUGCUCCUGGAUGCUGACAGGAUCCAGUUUGGGCCAGCUGUCACCCUUAACCCGGCGACCCUGCUGCCCUUGCCAGUAGGGCCCACAUCCCACGACUGCCAACAGAUCCUUGCGGAAACGCACGGAACUCGGCCUGAUCUGACCGAUCAGCCGCUUAAGGAUGCAGACUUCACUUGGUACACAGACGGCAGCAGCUAUCUGCUGAAUGGAGAGCGGCGGGCAGGGGCAGCAGUAGCGGACACCACCCAGGUAAUCUGGGCCAGCGCACUUCCAGCCGGCACCUCCGCUCAACGUGUGGAAUUGAUUGCCCUAACCCAAGCACUCCAGAUGGCAGCAGGUAAAAAACUCAAUGUUUACACUGAUAGCCGGUAUGCCUUUGCUACAGCCCACAUACAUGGGGAAAUAUACAAGAGGAGAGGACUUUUAACUUCAGAAGGCAAAGAGAUCAAGAAUAAAAAUGAAAUUUUAGCCCUUUUAAAAGCAUUAUUUCUCCCAAAGAAAUUGAGCAUAAUACACUGUCCAGGGCAUCAAAAAGGGGACAGCCCUGAGGCCAUAGGAAAUCGCCGAGCCGAUGAGGCAGCUAAGCAGGCAGCGCUGGGACCUCAACUGUUAACUGUCGCCGUGCCAACUGGCAAAUCAAUCCCUGUCUGGGAGUAUACGGACGAGGACCUGGACCUCGUCCAGAGAUUAGGAGCUGACUAUGACUCAGUCCGCAAUUGCUGGACCCACCAAGGAAAGACUGUAGUAAUACCCAUAAAGGCAGCUAAAGAGUUAAUUGAGCGCCUUCAUAAGUUAACCCAUUUGAGCAAGCAAAAGAUGAAAACCCUAUUAGAGCGGGGAACCAUGAGCUUACACCUGCCACAGAGAGACAUGCUGCUGCAACAAGUAACUGAAAAUUGCAGGGUUUGUGCGCAGGUCAAUUCAGGUCAAGGAAAGCGCCUCCGAGGUCAUCGCCCUGGGAAUCAUUGGGGGGUAGAUUUUACGGAGAUCAAGCCCGGGAUGUAUGGUUACAGAUACCUACUAGUCUUUGUAGAUACUUUCUCCAGAUGGGUGGAGGCCUUACCCACCAAACACGAAACCGCGAAAAUGGUCACCAAGAAGCUUCUGGAAGAAAUCUUCCCCAGAUACGGGAUGCCACAGGUAUUAGGGUCGGAUAACGGGCCUGCCUUUGUCUCCCAGGUGAGUCAGUUGGUGGCUAAGCUCUUGGGAAUUGAUUGGAAAUUACAUUGUGCUUACAGACCCCAAAGUUCAGGACAGGUAGAAAGAAUGAAUAGAACAAUUAAGGAAGUUUUAACCAAAUUAUCACUUGAAACUGGCUCUAAAGACUGGGUACAACUCCUGCCUCUAGCCUUAUACCGGGCCAGAAACACACCUGGCCCACAUGGUUUGACCCCAUUUGAAAUUUUAUAUGGGGCUCCACCCCCUGCCAUCACCUUCUUUGAUACUGAUAUUUCUGAUUUUGCCACUUCCCCUUCCAUGCAGGCCCAUCUGCAGGCCCUGCAAUUGGUGCAACAGGAGGUCUGGAAGCCAAUAGCAGCGGCCUACCAGAAAGGGAUAGAAUCUCUCUCCGUACCUCAUCCCUUUAAAAUCGGUGACACCGUCUGGGUCCAGAGACACCAGAUCAAGAACCUAGAACCUCGCUGGAAAGGACCCUAUACUGUACUUCUGACUACCCCCACUGCUUUGAAGGUAGACGGCAUCGCUGCCUGGAUCCACGCCUCACACGUCAAGGCCGCCAGACCAGAGCACUGCACCGAUACGCCAGCCCAAAGAAAUCCAGAGUCAUGGAGGCCCCAACGCUCUCAAAACCCUUUAAAGAUAAGAUUAAUACGCCAAUAA